CCCGGGGCGGGGCCAGUGACGCAGCAGGGACACCGGCAGUGGCGGCGGCGGCACCGACGGGAUCAGCAGGAUCAGCAUGGGGAAGCAGAAGAAGGCGCGGAAGUACGCGGUCAUGAAGCGCAUGAUCAGCCUCCGGGAUGAGCGCCUUAAAGAGAAGGAUCGCGCAAAAGCCCCCGUGAAGAAGAAGGAGGACCCGAGUGCCAUCAAAGAGCGGGAGGUCCCCCAGCAUCCCUCUUGCUUGUUCUUCCAGUAUAAUACACAGCUGGGCCCCCCUUACCACAUCCUGGUUGACACUAACUUCAUCAACUUCUCCAUCAAGGCCAAACUGGACCUAGUGCAGUCAAUGAUGGACUGUCUCUAUGCCAAGUGUAUUCCAUGUAUCACAGAUUGCGUAAUGGGCGAAAUCGAGAAGUUAGGACAGAAGUACCGUGUGGCAUUAAGAAUUGCCAAGGACCCUCGGUUUGAACGCUUGCCAUGUAUGCACAAAGGAACCUACGCCGAUGACUGCUUGGUGCAGAGGGUCACUCAGCACAAAUGUUACAUUGUGGCCACAGUGGAUAAAGAGCUCAAGCGGAGAAUACGAAAAAUCCCUGGAGUGCCUAUAAUGUAUAUUUCCAGGCACAGAUACAAUAUUGAGAGGAUGCCAGAUGAUUACGGAGCUCCUCGAUUCUAAUCUGUCCAGUCAAGCCAUCAAUGCCAGGACUACGAGCCAGGAUAAGGAUCCUUCUGAUUCCAACCCUCCUGCUUUCUUCUUUUGUUGGAACUCUGCUCAUGGGACUGUGGAUAAUGCUAAACUGACUUCUUAAACUUGAUUUUCUAAGAAAAAGCUAUUUUGAAUAGUCUGUUUUUAUUCAUCCUUCCUCUGCCUUGGUCUGAUUACCUACAGCUGGGAGAACCAUAUGGGAAACAGAGGAUGGCAGUACCAAGAAUGUGCCUAGCUCUGCAUCAGGACCAUUGGAAAAAGUGAUUUCAGCAUUCUGAAUUAAAUCCUGAUGAUGCAACUCUG